AUGGCUCCUGCGCCACCCCCCGCCCGCCGCUGCUUCAACAUCACGCAUCUGAGCCUCGGUCACUUCGACUUUGGCCACGGUUUUCCCCAGGAUACCUACACAUGCAUCAACUUCUCCAGCAUACGCCGGCUCGAACUGGAUGACUGCCAGCUGCUACCCCGCUUUCUCAGACACUUCAUGGCUACUGACGUCAGUCUUCAGAAGCUGGACGUGCAGAACUGGGACUACGCUGAAGAGCUUUGGGAGGAGAAUCCCAACGGUCUUGAGGCGUUUCUCGCUUCAUUCUCGACCCUGAAAGACCUCAAAGUCGUCUCGCUCAACCCUUGGCAGCCGGACUUGGCUUGGAUGAUCUCCAGCCAUUCCGACCUGGAGUCAUGUGAUCUGAGCUUUGGGGCGAACUCUCUCAACGUAGGUAUGCUGAAGAAAAUCUUGGCUAUCCGUCCCAACCUCAAGCGGCUGGGAUUUCGACACUUAAUGUUUGGACUACCAUGGAAGCACGACGGCUUCGCUGGGAAGAUACAUGGCGUUACAGGAGCGCAGAUCACCGGCUUCGACAACCGUUUUGCCGCCUACGCCGAGGUUUUGGCAAACUUCUCUGAGCUGGAAACGGUCGUUGCGUACUUCGAGCCGUUUGAGAGCGAUGGUGGCUCUUCCAAGGAAGGCCCAGGAGGCGACAAUCCUCCUGACGACCCCAUGUAUCAACGUCUCUCGGAUCGUAUUCUGCAAGAGAUCCGCAGGGUAGCCAGUAAGAACGGUUUGGGAGAGUCGAAGGUUGCAACCAUGGUCCUGCACGACAAGGCUCUCGCAGGUGAGGAUCUCCUCGGUGAAGAGGAUGUAGUUGAUCAGAACUACUAUGAGAGGGAAUACAAGUACAAGAGCGGUACUAGUAGCAAGAUGAGCUUCCUUGCAUAG